GAGGUUGAAUCUCGAUCUCUCAAUUUUUCUCUCCAGCUCCCUCCUCUCCCUUUGUCAUUCUAGCUGCCUGCAGCCUCCGCAGCGUCCCUCUAGCUCUCUCUGUGCAAACUGCUGCGCUUUAGACAGGGUGCGCAAAGCGGAAGGAUUAGUUGGGACCUGCCUUGGUGACCCCAUGGCAUCCCCCAGAACCGUAACCGUCGUGGCCCUCUCAGUGGCCCUGGGACUCUUCUUUGUUUUCAUGGGAACUAUCAAGUUGACCCCCAGGCUCAGCAAAGAUGCCUACACUGAGAUGAAACGUGCUUACAAGAGCUAUGUCCGAGCCCUCCCUCUGCUGAAGAAAAUGGGGAUCAAUUCCAUUCUCCUCCGCAAAAGCAUUGGUGCUCUUGAGGUGGCCUGUGGCAUUGUCAUGACCCUUGUGCCUGGCCGGCCCAAAGAUGUGGCCAACUUCUUCCUACUCUUGCUGGUGUUGGCUGUGCUCUUCUUCCAUCAGCUAGUCGGUGAUCCUCUCAAACGCUAUGCCCAUGCUCUGGUAUUUGGAAUCCUGCUCACCUGUCGCCUGCUGAUUGCCCGCAAGCCUGAAGACCGGUCUUCAGAGAAGAAGCCCUUGCCACUGUCAGGGCAAGUGGGGAAUGCCGAGGAGCAGCCCUCUUUAUAUGAGAAGGUCCCUCAGGGCAAAAUGAAGUUGUCAUAGGAAAGCAGAAGUGCAAAAAGUGGACCUCCCAGGCAGUUGCCUCCAUGACACCCAGGAAGAUGUCAGUGUUUUUCAUGAAUUCAAUUCAUUUCAUUUAUUUAUUUAUCUUGAGGGAAAGGGAAAAUAUAAUCUGCAAGUUAAUGGCCCUAUUGGCUUGUGUACACCUGUACCCUAAAAUGACCUUCCCACAUAGACAUAUGUGCACCACCUUUAAUCACUCUGGGGCAACUCUCACAUCUUGCUGCAUGUACAUGUAUAUGGCUAACUGUUGAAGUGUAUUUGUGAGAUGGACUCCAGCAAGCAUGUGACUGUAAGAUUAUGUGUGGGAAACUGUAUUUACUGUGAGUGUGUUUGUGUGUGUAUGUGUGUGUGCACGCAUGCAGGUGCGAGAAGGCUCUGAUCUUGAACUAAUCCUGUACAGGUAUCCUUCCCUUUAUAGACUGCUUCUAGUGAAGGCAGAAUAAAAUAAUCCUCCUGUAAAGAGAAUCCUACUUCUGGUAUAAAUCAAGUGAUGUAUUCCUGUGGGAUGAAGGAAAUUCCCUCAAUAGAUCAAGCUGAAAACUUAAAUUUACCACCUUAGGAGAAAGUUCCUUCAAUUUGAGACACUGAGUUAUACUGAUUAGCCUCCGCUGUAACAGUUGUUGAAAUUGUAAAUACUCCAUAUUGAAUUUAAUCAAAAUAAGGAAUAUAUGCAGUCAAUACAUAAUAUAAUUAUUCAACUGAUACAAUUGAAAGUUUCACCUUGCCUUUGCCCCAACCCAACCUACUAAGCUCCUUUGCUCACAGUUUGAAAUUGAAGCAGACUUGUUACCAGACAUUUCUUUUGGAUUUUCUUAAGCCAAGAGCUGCCUCACUUCCUACUAUUCUCAGCAGCUAACCAGGAUUUGUCAGCUGCUCCGCUGUUGCAGUUGAGGGAGCAGGGAUUAGUCCUGUUAGCAGUCUGUGAAUCUCAAACUCUAGCUGUUCUCUUAAAUCAUCUGAAACAUGACAGAGGAACUGUAUCCAGUGUUUGUUUCCCUGAGAAACAGAAUCAUUACUCCUAUUGAAUCUUCACUGAACUUUGCUAGUGUAAGCAGAGAUCCAAGUCACUCCUGUGGUUGUCUCCUCUACACCUCCUUAUCAUUAUGGUGGCUGGAGUCGAGCUUGGGGGAAGGACAUUUGAUAUGGGUUGGUUGGACUGAGCAGUAUGAAACUUUGCUUUAUUCAUUCCAUACUGCUGUUUCUCCUUGUUAGAUGUACUUUGAUGGUUUUAAUAUAAUUGUACCAGGGAUGGGGAGAGGGGUGGGGGCUUUGUGUGUGUGGGGGAGUACAAAUCAUUGUAUUUUCUUCAGUAACAUUGUUCUUGUUAAUUGAUACCUCUGUCUUAUUUCUCUCAUUCUUUCAAAAUAAAAAUUUUUGAAAUUUGGA